AUGCCCGGGGUGGAGGUGUACAGGGUGGAGGUGCUGUGCAAUGGCCGGCGGCACACGGUGGUGAAGCGUUACAGUGAGUUCCAGGCGCUGCACAAGCGGAUCAAGAAGACCUGCAAGGUCCCCGACUUCCCUCCCCGCCGUGUCCCCAACUGGAUGCCCAAAGUGCUGGAGCAGCGCCGGCAGGGACUGGAGCUUUACAUCCAGGGUGUCCUGUACCACAACCAGGAGCUGCCCCAGGACGUGCUGGACUUCCUGAAGGUUCGGUGUUGCCAGCAGGACCCCAAGGCCAGCAGCCCCCCCACCGGCUGCCUGCCCUCCCAGCGGCCCGUCGUCGGCUUCUGCACCGACCCCUACACGCAGCCACCGGGCACUGACCUGCUCCCCAACACCAUCCUUACUGGGGUGCUGCAGGGCCUCUACAUCCCCUGAGCUGCAACCCCAGCCAGG